CUUACUGUACACACAUAUCCUUGUAUGAUAUUUUACUUACGAGAACAACAACUGAAAAGCACCUCUAGUGUCUAGUACUUUGUGUUUGUCAGAGGAUUAAUAUCAAAAUCAGAAGAGAAACGUGGCAGCAUGGCAGAGUUUAAGGUUAAGAAUGAUGUGAAACCAGAGCCUGGGGACCUCAUUGAAAUCAAACGAGUGGUACCCAUGGUGUUCCCAGACAUCCCAUUCAUUUACCAGCACUGGGCGAUUUAUGUGGGCGAUGGAUUUGUCAUUCACCUGGCCACAGACUCGGAGUACGCUGGUGCCUCCAGUGUGUUGUUUGUUCUGAGUUAUAAAGCCAUGGUGAAGAAAAACAAAAUAUGGGACGUAGUUGGUGAUGAUGAGUGGCGUAUCAACAACCUUCUGGAUAACGAAUAUAAGCAUCUGUGUGUCGAAGAUGUCAUACGGGAGGCCGAAAGCCUUGUGGGACAGAUUCAACCAUAUAAUGUGCUCACAGCGAACUGUGAGCACUUUGUUACAAAGAGGAGAUACGGGAUAGCCAAGUCUCGGCAGGUGUGAUUCUUACUGCUGUUGACGUGUUUGAUUCAACCUUCAAAAAGGAGACAAACUGAAAGCACAAUUGUGGAGACCUUUGAAAUGUCACAAAUGCCAGUUAAUUGUUUGAUGGAAAAAUUGUAAACAAUAUAUUUUGGAAAGAUUUUAAGGGAUAAAGUACAGUCAGCCGGAUGUUAUUGCAAAAAAAACCCUGACAGGGUGAUCAGGACCCCGACAUGAGAACUUAAUACAUGUCCAAAUAAACAGACAAAUGCACAUGAAAUACCGAUUUGCUUUGAAAAUGUUAUUAUGUGAGAAGAACGAAACUGCUGAAAAUCUGAAUUCCACCUUCGGAUUAUGUGGGAGUUUUGUUGGUUUAUUUAGCAAAAAUGACUGUCUGACUUCUCAUUAUCCAGCUUAUUACAAGAAUACUUGCCAAAUAAAUGGAUGU